CUACGCAGCUACUACCUCAUGGAAGCCAUGUGCUGAGAGACAUGAUAAUGGGGUUUCAGAUCUGCCACCUGAGAAUGAAACCUCUGGUUAUAUAUUCAUUCAUGCCGAAGGUGGUUUAAAUCAGCAGCGCAUAGCUAUUUGUAAUGCUGUUGCUGUAGCCAAAAUUAUGAAUGCAACACUCAUUUUGCCUGUUCUAAAGCAAGAUCAAAUAUGGAAAGAUCAAACAAAGUUUGAAGAUAUAUUUGAUGUAGAUCACUUUAUUGACUAUCUGAAGGAUGAUGUCCACAUUGUUCGAGAUAUUCCUGACUGGUUUACCGAAAAAACUGAGCUUUUUACCAGUAUAAGACGCACCGUGAAGAACAUACCAAAAUAUGCACCUGCACAGUUCUAUAUUGACAACGUACUGCCAAGGAUAAAAGAGAAGAAGAUAAUGGCUCUAAAGCCAUUUGUUGAUCGGUUAGGAUAUGAUAAUGUUCCAACCGAGAUAAACAGGCUUAGAUGCAGGGUUAACUACCAUGCUUUAAAGUUUCUACCUGAGAUCGAAGAAAUGGCAGAUAAACUAGCAGCAAGAAUGCGGAACCGCACUGGCAGUUUGAACCCAUAUAUGGCACUACAUCUGAGAUUUGAGAAAGGAAUGGUGGGCCUUUCUUUUUGUGAUUUUGUCGGAACAAGAGAAGAGAAAGCGAUGAUGGCUGCUUACAGACAAAAGGAAUGGCCUAGGCGGUACAAGAAUGGGUCUCAUCUUUGGCAGUUAGCACUGCAGAAGCGGAAGGAAGGGCGCUGCCCUCUUGAGCCAGGGGAGGUAGCUGUUAUCUUGCGGGCAAUGGGAUAUCCCAAGGAAACUCAGAUUUAUGUUGCUUCUGGACAGGUGUAUGGUGGAAAGAACAGGAUGGCUCCUCUCAGAAAUAUGUUCCCAAAUUUACUAACAAAGGAGGAACUAGCAAGCAAAGAGGAAAUGGACCAUUUCAGGAAGCACGUGACGAGCUUAGCUGCCUUGGACUUCCUAGUCUGCUUGAAGUCAGACGUGUUCGUGAUGACCCAUGGGGGCAACUUUGCGAAGCUGAUCAUCGGCGCCCGACGCUACAUGGGGCAUCGGCUCAAGUCCAUAAAGCCGGACAAGGGGCUCAUGUCCAAAUCCUUCGGCGACCCUUACAUGGGUUGGGCUGCCUUUGUCGAGGACGUGGUCAUCACCCAUCAGACCCGGACCGGCCUCCCCGAGGAGACUUUCCCGAACUACGACCUCUGGGAGAACCCGCUAACCCCUUGCAUGUGCCGAGCUUGAGUAAAAAUUGCUUUGGCCUUAAGCAAAGGAUGAAGCGUGCACAGUUCAUUUCAUCAGUGAUGAUUGGUAUCCAGCUAAGAUGCAAAUAUUCCCGCUCCGAAAGAGAAUGGCAGCGCGCGCGAAUCUCAAAGUCCAGGUGUGCAUCAGAAAAGGAGAUGCCCGUUACAUUGAAACGACUCUGGGCCCCACACCUCCCUCCACGUCCCACGUUCAAAAAAAAAUGCUAAAAAAAAAACAAACAAAAGGGGCUAUAAUACAAAAAUUUAUGGAGACCA